CGAUUCAUUCCCGAAUGGCCCUUCAGUAUACUUGACAGCGGGGAGAAGGCAGUGGAGCAGAGGAGGUGGAUGACAGACUGCGCUAGUGCUCUCACGGUGAAAGUUGGACCGGGUGUUUCUGAAGGUUCAGAUUCGGGUGUCUUAUCACGAGAUUUAAACAUUUUUUUUUUUUACCAUCAACUGAAAAAGCAGGUCUGGAUAGCUACUGAUGCGCCUGCGGUGCUUAAUUGAUCCGAGAGCGCAGUUUCUUCGUGUGUUGUUGUUGUUGUUGUUGUUUUCAAGCUGUUAUCAUAACUGGGGUUUGGGAGAUUUCGAGCUGAAAGUCAAAAAAGCAGUUCUGAAAUGCAUCAUCCCGUCCCAUGACAGAGGAACAGCGGAGGGAAACUCCUGUGGCGCAGAGAGCUGAGGCGCUCGGACUCCCAUCACUUCCAACACCCACACUUCCCUCGAGCCGCAUUCUAAACGUCUCUUUCAAACGCAACUUUUUUUUUACUGUCGGAGUUGGACAUGCGGGAAACGGAGGCGUCUGCGGGAAAGCUGUGAACGAUCCCGAGAUCGGAGACUGUGCGCAGGGAGAGACGCGACAACGCUCAGCCGGAUCUGCCCUAACUUCAUCCUCAACACGAUGUCCGCGUUGCGGAAGAAAUUCGGGGACGAUUUCCAGGUAGCGACGACGUCCUCGAGCGGCGGUGAUUUUAAGCAGGAGAAGAAGAGGAAGCGCCAGCGCUUCGUGGACAAGAACGGCCGCUGCAACGUGCAGCACGGUAACCUGGGCGGCGAGACGAGCCGCUACCUGUCGGACCUCUUCACCACGCUGGUGGACCUCAAGUGGCGCUGGAACCUGUUCAUCUUCGUGCUCACGUACACGGUAGCGUGGCUCUUCAUGGCCUUCCUGUGGUGGCUGAUCGCCUUCGUGCGCGGUGACCUGGAGCGCGCGCGCGAUGACAAGUACACGCCGUGCGUGGCCAACGUGCACAACUUUCCGUCCGCCUUCCUCUUCUUCAUCGAGACCGAGGCCACCAUCGGUUACGGCUACCGCUACAUCACGGACAAGUGCCCUGAGGGCAUCAUCCUCUUCCUUUUCCAGUCCAUCCUAGGCUCCAUCGUCGACGCCUUCCUCAUCGGCUGCAUGUUCAUCAAGAUGUCGCAGCCGAAGAAGCGCGCCGAGACGCUCAUGUUCAGCGAGCACGCGGUCAUCUCAAUGCGCGACGGCAAGCUCACGCUCAUGUUCCGGGUGGGCAACCUGAGGAACAGCCACAUGGUGUCCGCGCAAAUCCGAUGCAAACUUCUCAAAUCUCGACAGACUCCUGAAGGCGAAUUCCUGCCUCUGGACCAGCUGGAGCUGGACGUUGGCUUCAGUACAGGAGCCGAUCAGCUAUUUCUUGUGUCGCCUCUCACCAUCUGCCAUGUAAUUGACUCAAAGAGCCCGUUCUAUGACCUUUCUCUGCGGUCCAUGAAGACUGAUCAGUUUGAGAUUGUGGUGAUCCUGGAAGGCAUUGUGGAGACCACAGGCAUGACCUGCCAGGCAAGGACAUCGUACACAGAGGAUGAGGUCCUCUGGGGUCACCGCUUUUACCCAGUCAUCUCUCUGGAGGAGGGCUUCUUCAAGGUGGACUACUCGCAGUUCCAUGCCACGUUUGAGGUGCCCACGCCUCCACACAGCAUCAAAGAGCAGGAGGAAAGCUUGCUGCUGUCCUCACCACUCACCGCCCCCUCACUCUGCCACAGCACAGGAGGCCUGACCGAAGGCAGUGGCACUGUGGAUGGUCUAGAAGCCCUUCAGAGUGAUGCAGAGUCCGGCUCGAUUAACAUGGCCGCCCCAUUGGGCAGCACCAAGCUUCCAGCUAAAUUGCAGAAGCUUACAGGAAGGGACGGCAUGCCACGCAAGUUGAUGCGCAUGAGUUCUGAGAUCACGUACAACCUGGGCGAGCUGCCCGUCAGGCUUCAGCGAAUCAGCUCAGCCCCCGGUGUAGCCGAGGACAGGCUGCCACCAAUCAGCUCACUGCUCAGCCCGGUCGAGGACAAGCUUCCUUCCAAGCUAGGUCUGAUAGGGGGCGGAGUUGACCCUAUCAGCCAAUCAGUGACGGACCUCCCACCGAAGCUGCAGCGAUUGGCCGGAGGGAUAGGAGGAGUUGGGGUCGGAAUUGGAGGACGAAUGGACGGCCACCUGCCUCCCAAACUGCGAAAGAUGAACUCUGAGAGAUUCACGGGGUUAAGUCUGAAAUGAACACGACUUGCUUUCAGUACUUUCUUUACCUCCUUUGUAAACUGGACAAUAAUGUUAUAUAUGGAACAAUUUAUAAAUGAAUAUAACUUUGACCUAAUAUUGCUUAACACAAUCUGGCAUGGUUUUUUUUUUUUUUUUCUUUUCACGAAGAGCAUGAAAUAAAGACACAUAUCCAACACAUUAUUCAUAAACAUAAGAAACAUUAUUAACCUCAUAGUCCACAGCUUUUCAAUUAUUCACUAUUCUUAUCCAAUUUUUACUAUUAUGUUUAUGAUGUUUCGCAGCAUAAAUAUUCAAAUAUUCUUGAUGGUCUCUAUUCAUCAAUUUACUGUAUGGUAAGAAAUUCAAGAAGUCAGUGACUCCUUGUAUGCCUGACUUAUCCUUCGCUCUUUGAGUCCAGUCCGGCGUUCUCCAUCUAUUACACAAUCACACAGAUUAUUAUUUGAUAUCAAUUGGUCACUUCCAAGAAAUGAAUUCACUUCUGACAUUUCGGUAUCAAACAAAUUGCCUCAGGCUCGUGUUUAUUCUAUUGCAUGUUCAAUAUCUAUUCAUAACCAAAAACAUAUGAUCUCAAAUCUAACAAUAAGCCUUAACUUGUAUGAUGUUUUGUUAAGGAUAGUGUUUCUCUGUUUGAUGUGUGACAGGGCACAUUGAUGUGUGAUGUAUUUACUCACCGUGAUGGGCUGCUUUUAGGAUAUGAGUCUAGAGUUUAAAAUUGUGUUUGUUUUUCACAAAUCUUUUAAAAAAAAAAAAAAAAAAAUCUUCUAACCUUGUAAUGACAUUGUUAUGGUUUUGUGUUUGAAAGCUGAAGCAAUAAUCCUUUGGAUUUCCGUGAUUAUUUUCGACUGAACAAUCUUGUACCUGUGUUCUGUUAACGUUUCAGUUGCAGUAUGUUAAGAUCUACUUCUGGCAAAACUGAAUGUGCCAAAUCACAGCGUUUAUAAACACUGGAAUAAAUGUACAUGUCUGAAUGCA